GAAGUUGGUUGAAUUUUGUAAUGUGCAAAGCACCUUGGAUGUCAAGGGAACAUCAAACAAUUUCACGAGAAUUUUCGCGAAGUCCGCAUAUACCUCACAAAAAUGAAUCUUAAAUCCCUACUGUGGUCAGUUUUAGUAUCUAUUCUAGCUGUAGUUAGUGCACAAUAUGAACCAGUUGACUAUAUGAAGCGGGAACAUUCACUAGUGAAGCCCUAUGGUUCGGGUAUGAAUGUUCCCUAUUGGGACUACAUGGGUCACACCAUGAUCACAAAUAACUACGUCAGAUUGACCCCAGACGCCCAAUCAAAAAGCGGAAGUCUUUGGAAUCAAGUGCCAUGUAUGACAAAGAACUGGGAGAUGCAGGUCUCUUUUAAGGUUCAUGGGCAUGGGAAGGACCUCUUUGGGGACGGUAUGGCUGUCUGGUAUGCACAGGAUAGGAUGAUUCCGGGUCCUGUCUUCGGCAGCAAGGAUUACUUCAGUGGACUCGUUCUGAUUCUGGACACAUACAGCAAUCACAAUGGACCACACAAUGUAAUUAUGCAUUUUGGGUUCUGGGUUGGGAUUCUCAUCAAUCUUCAUUCAUCAUGGGGUUAACUGGGAGCAAGAAAG